UUAAUAUUAUUGACAUUGACUCUGUCUUUGUUGGCUGGCAUGUCCAAUGGACAGUGCAAGGGAACCAAUAAUCCAUAUCCAAUUUAUAAUCAAUCAGCUGUAUAUAUCAAUUCAACUGAGAAUGGAAAGUUAUAUGUCACUGGCCCAUCAGACAAUCAGGUCUACAUCUUACAGGCAUAUGGCACUGCAUACCAACGUGGCUUCGCUCAGGGAACAUUGCUCAAGUCCCAGAUGCACGAGAUCUACGCCGACUUCUUUGGCUUCAUGACAGAGGCCGUCAACGAGUUGGUCGAGAAAUAUGCCAACUACCUCCCCUUGGAAUGGGUCGACCUGUUCGAGGAGAAGGGUGUUGGCGCAGUCCUGGAUCUGACCGCCGACGUCACCCGUGCCUACACCCCUGAGCACUUCUUCCAAGAGAUGCACGGUAUGGCCGACGCCAGUGGCAUCCCAUACCAGACCAUCCUCCAGCUGCACAUGUUCCCCGAGCUUAUCAAGGCUGCCUGCACCAUGGUCGGUGCCUGGGGUCCAGCCACAGUCAAUGGUGGUCUGAUGCAGUUGCGCGCCCUCGACUUUAGUCCCAACGCCCCACUCAGGUACCAUCCCGUGGUCACCGUAUCACAUCCAACUGAUGGAGGCAACACCUUUGCCUCUCUGUCUUGGGCAGGAUUCAUUGGAGUGCUUACAGGCUACUCGCAGAGGACUGCCAUAUGUGAAAAGGUCUGGAUCGCCUACAACGGAACAUCAUCACGUGUUGGCAUCCCCUGGCACUUCCUACUGCAUGACAUUGUGCAGUUUGACAACUCUAUCGACGAGGCCUUGAACAGGAUCUACAACGCACAUCGCACAUGCUCCAUCUACGUGGGACUUGGAUCAAACUCCACCAACGACUUUAGGGCCGUCGAGUACUCACAUGACGUCGUUCGUGUGUUUGAUGACAAGACCCCAUUCCCAGGCUUUGCUCCGCCCUCCCCAGCACAUCCACUGAUGCCCAACAUAGUAUACAUUGACAAACAUGUACAACCUAGCGGUGACAAGUGUUUGGCAUCACAAUUGGCACAAUACCAGAAUGGUCAACUUGAUGCUCGUGCCUACAUUGACAUCAUGGGCCAGCAAGAGACUGGAGACAUACACUCUGCCGUCUACGACUUUACUGCCAACCAAAUGUACGUGAGUGUAGCCAGCCAAAACCCCAACAUCCUUCCAAUCAUCCCAGCCUACCAAAGACAAUUCCUCCAAAUUGAUCUUGAGUAUUUCUUUAACAAUUAA